AUGCCUUUUGGAAUCCUUGACUGCAAGAAGCUGGAGGUGGUGCCUGGCACCGCCUUCAUGAGCGACCAAGAGGACUUGCCGCCCGAGUAUAGCGAAGUACCUCGAGAGCUUUUGAAGCAUGGAAAAGGAAGAUUCUCCAACAUCAUCCUGAUCCCUCAGCCUUCAGACUCGCCCAACGACCCUUUGAACUGGCCUCAGUGGAAGAAGGAAAUGAUCCUUCUGAUUGUCGGCCUCUCUGCUGCCGUGGUGGGCGCUUUCGGACCUAUGCUGUCACCAGGAUUCGUCGAGGUCUCUGCCCAGCUCAACAUUUCCGUGGAGGUUUUGUCUCAGUCUACGGCAUGGCUCAUUCUGACGAUCGGCCUUGGGUUAUUUCUCACCAACCCUCUGGCCAAGAUAUACGGGAAAAGGCCCAUCUACAUUCUGGCCAUCUGCAUCAUGUUCGCCUGCAGUGUCUGGGGUGCUGAGGCCAAGACUUAUAACUCGUUCCUGGCAAGCCGAGUCAUCUCGGGUGUCGGCAUGGCACCUUACGAGGUCCUGGUUCAAUGCACGAUAGGCGACCUCUACUUUGUGCAUGAGCGAGCUACACGCAUAGCGGUGUGGAACUUGUUCCUUCUCACCGGGAUAGCUGGUGGCGCUCUGGUCAGUGGUUACAUUAUCGAAUACGACGGAUACAAGUGGACCUUCGGAGUGUGCGCCAUCUUCUUCGGCGUCCUCAUGCUGGCCGUCCUCUUUCUAGUCCCAGAGACCGCCUACCGUCGUGACGCGGUGGUCGUUGUGCCGGUGCAAGAUUCAGUCAGGGGCGACGAGGAGAAGGCUGGAGCCGAGCACGUCCACAUGGCCCUGGCCCACGAACACGAUGUCUCCCAGGCUCGUGGCGAGAAAGACAAGCACCUUUCGUAUUCCGUGACACAGGGUUCGGCCGAGCCCAAGUUGACAUACUGGCAGUCGUUGCGCAUCUUUACCGGGCGACACAGCUACGCGCCCAUGUUCAAAAUCUUCACGCGGCCGAUGAUCUUGUUUUUCUACCCGGCCGUCUUUUGGGGCUUUUUGAUAUAUGGCACCACCCUGACUUGGAUUGUCGUUUUCAGUGUCGUCAAUGGAGUCAUCUUCGUGGCGCCACCGUACAACUUCACAGUGUCACAGGUUGGCCUCAUCAGCUUGUCGCCGUUCAUUCUGACACUGAUUGGAGAGAUUAUCUCGGGUCCCUUGAACGACUGGAUUUGCCUCUAUCUGACGAAAAAGAACAAGGGCAUCUAUGAACCCGAAUUUCGCUUGGUUCUCAUCAUAGUUGUCAUUGUCCUGGGAACUGUGGGCUUCUUUGGAUUUGGGGCAACCAUCCACUAUCAGACACACUGGGCGGGGCCGGUCCUGACUUUUGGCCUUGCAAACAUGAGUUUGGCGUUCGCAGCGACAUGUGUGUUUAGCUAUGUGAUCGACUCUUACCCGAAACUGAACGAGGAGGCAUUUGUAGCUAUCAAUGCACGAAAUCUACUCACGUUUGGGCUGACCUAUUUCGUCAACAACUGGCUGGCAAGUGACGGGGCUCUGCAGGUGUUCUGCAUCCUAGGGGGGCUCUUCUUGUUUGUGUGCUCCUUGACCAUUCCACUAUGGAUUUUCGGAAAGAAGAUUCGAUCGUGGAUCGGGAGAAACGCAUGGCUGCAGCGGUAUAUGAACGACGACUUCUAG